CUGUGAUGCGCGGACCGCUGCAGCCCUACAACUCCACAACACUAUUAUUGUUGAUGAUUUAUUUCACUUCACUCAAGGUUUCCUGCCAUGACGCUCUGGAUUCCCACUAAAAGAGAGAAAUAUGGAGUGGCUAUCUAUAACUAUGAUGCCAGAGGAGAGCCAGAGCUGAGUCUUCAGGUGGGGGACACGGUACACAUACUUGAGACGUUUGAAGGGUGGUACCGAGGAUACACACUACGACAGAAAUCACAAAAGGGCAUUUUCCCUGCCAACUAUAUUCAUCUGAAAGAAGCGAAAGUUGAGGGAACAGGGAAACAAGAGACUGUUGUACCUACAGAUUUGCCCUUGGUCCAGGAGCUGGGCACCACGUUACGAGAAUGGACACAAAUAUGGCACAAGCUUUAUGUGAGCAACAAGACCACGCUGUUCCGGAACGUUCAGCAGAUGGCCUACAGCCUGAUCGAGUACCGCUCGCAGAUUGUGUCCGGCACGCUUCCCAACGAUGACCUUGUGGCGCUCAAGAAGAAAGUCACAGCAAAAAUCGAUUAUGGGAACAGGAUUCUGGGGCUUGAUUUAGUGGUGCGCGAUGAAGCAGGAAACACAUUAGACCCUGAACACACGAGCACGGUCAGUCUGUUCAGGGCCCACGAGUCAGCAUCACACAGUAUUGAUGAGAGGAUACAGGAGGAGAAGAUGCGGCUUCAGAACCUGGAGAAGCGGCGCCAGACCCUCUUCAGCAGCGUGCACACAUACAGCCUUCUAAUAAAUCUCAGAAACUUUGUAUGCAACAUCGGCGAGGACGCUGAACUAUUCAUGUCAUUGUACGAUCCUGAUAAAUCUGAAUUUAUUAGUGAAAACUUCCUGGUACGGUGGGACAGCACAGGCAUGCCGAAAGAGAUAGAAAAACUCAACAACCUUCCUGCACUCUUCACGGAUCUGAGCAGCAGUGACCUUAUCAGACAGCGUCUCUUCCUGGUGUGUCAGAUCAUCCGUGUGGGCUGCAUGGAGCUGAAGGAGGGAAAGAAACACACAGGAGGACUGAGGAGGCCGUUUGGAGUAGCAGUCAUGGAUAUCACAGAUAUUGCCCAUGGGAAUAUUGAUGAUGAAUGUAAGCAGUAUUUCAUCCCGUUUCAACAGAUUGCCAUGGAAACGUACAUCCGUCAGAGACAGCUAAUCAUGUCUCCUCUCAUACCAUCUCGUGUCAUUGGCGAGAACGAGCCACUCGUUGCCGUCUUCAACAAGGUCAUUGCAACUCGGGAGGUCAACCACAAAGGACAGGCACCCCCUCAGCACCUGGCGCUGCCCCGGUACAUCAAUGUGGCCAUUCCCAUUGAGGAUGUGUGUCGAUGUCAUCUGAGGCUCACCUUUAGACACAGAUCUUCUCAAGAUUCAAGAGAUAAGUCCGAGAAGCCUUUUGGCAUGGCUUUUGUUCGCCUGAUGAAGUCAGAUGGCACCACACUUCCAGAUGGAAAACAUGAACUCAUUGUCUACAAGGUGGAUGUGAAGAAAGCUGACGACGCCAAGACAUAUUUGACUCUUCCUGGCUCGUAUGUUGAAGUGGAAGAGAAAGAGAGACAGAUGGGAAAAUCCUUCCAUCAUGCCGGCAUCAUUCCCAUCACCAAAGACAGCUUCCAGAUCGCCACCCUCACCUGUUCCACAAAGCUUACACAAAACGUUGACCUUCUGGGGCUUCUCAACUGGAGAUCAAACACUGAGAGACUUGAAGAAAUUCUUCAGAAACUGAUGGAAGUGGAAGGAGGGGAGAUUAUUAAAUUCCUGCAGGACACACUGGACGCUCUCUUUAAUAUCAUGAUGGAGACCUCUGAGGAAGAAACCUACGAUACUCUAGUUUUCAAUGCCUUGGUUUUCAUCAUCUCACUCAUUGGCGACAUAAAGUUUCAGCAUUUCAACCCUGUUUUGGAGACCUACAUUAGCAAACACUUCAGCGCUACUCUGGCGUACCAGAAGUUGACCAAAGUGUUGAAUUAUUUUGUGGGCCAUGCUGAGGACUCGGCUCAUACGGAGCGACUGUAUGCGGCCUUGAAAGCCUUCAAGUAUCUUUUUCAUUUCAUUGUGCAGUCUCGGAUCCUCUAUUUGAGGUUUUAUGGGAAAAGUGAAGAUGGUGGGCAGUUUCUCGACUCCAUUCGGACUUUAUUUCUUUCUAUCAGCAAUCUGAUGGACAGACCUCUGGAUGAAGGAGUUAAGAUAAAGGGAGCAAUCUUGAAAUAUCUUCCCGCCAUCAUCAAUGACUUGCAGAAGGUCUUUGACGCUGGUCCCACAUCCGGUCAUGUGAAGUUAAUUGUGGACCGUCUCUUGCGGAGGGUCAACCGUACGGUCAUCAACCUGAGUUUGGACUCUCCCUUCAUAGGCCACUACCUGGCAUGCAUGACCGCUAUCCUGAAACAAAUGGAAGACGCACAUUACGCACAAUACAUCAGCACCUUCAAAACCAGACAGGACAUUAUCGACUUUUUAAUGGAGACUUUCAUCAUGUUCAAAAACCUGAUGGGCAACGUGUUUCCGCCCGACUGGAUGAUCAUGAAUCUUCACCAAAUGAAAGUCUUUCUGCGGGCGAUUGACCAGUACUCGGAUGUUCUCAACAAAUACUUCCUGGACUCCACUCACUUCCACUUGCAGCUUUGGAACAACUAUUUUCACCUGAUUGUUGCCUUCCUUACCCAUAAGUCCUUGCAGCUGGAGUCUUUCUCGCUCGAGAAACGCAACAAGAUUCUCGACAAGUACGGAGACAUGCGGAAAAGCAUCGGCUUCAAGCUGAGAGAUAUGUGGAACAAUCUUGGCCAACAUAAGAUGAAGUUCAUCCCUGCGAUGGUGGGACCGAUCCUGGAAGCUACGUUAGUGCCUGAGCCUGAGCUGAGGAAAGCCACCAUCCCCAUCUUCUUUGACAUGAUGCAAUGUGAACACCAUUUCAGCACCAACCACACCUUUCAGAAGUUUGAGAAUGAGCUAAUCACAAAACUGGAUCAGGAAGUUGAAGGAGGCCGCGGUGAUGAACAAUACAAGAUUUUGCUGGAGAAAACGCUAUUGGAGUACUGUCGGCGGCACCGGUAUCUGUCUCAGUCUGGUGAGGCGUUGGCUUUUCUCUUAAGUAGUCUGCUGGAGAACCUGCUGGCUUACCGCACCAUCACCCAUGAUGAGAGCCCUGAGCUCCGCAUGAGCUGCACCGUCAACGUCCUGAACUUUUACAAAGAAAAGAAGAGGGAGGAUAUAUAUAUCCGGUAUUUGUACAAGUUACGGGAUCUACAUCUGGACUGUGAGAACUACACAGAAGCUGCUUACACCCUGCUGCUCCAUGCUGAGCUGUUGGAGGAAGCAGGGCUAUUGGAGUACUGUCGGCGGCACCGGUAUCUGUCUCAGUCUGGUGAGGCGUUGGCUUUUCUCUUAAGUAGUCUGCUGGAGAACCUGCUGGCUUACCGCACCAUCACCCAUGAUGAGAGCCCUGAGCUCCGCAUGAGCUGCACCGUCAACGUCCUGAACUUUUACAAAGAAAAGAAGAGGGAGGAUAUAUAUAUCCGGUAUUUGUACAAGUUACGGGAUCUACAUCUGGACUGUGAGAACUACACAGAAGCUGCUUACACCCUGCUGCUCCAUGCUGAGCUGUUGGAGAUGUGGGAGAAGGCCAUCGAGAUGGCAAAACAACUUGUUAAACUUCAUGAAAACCAAAUGUUUGAUUUCAUAGAGCUCAGCCAACUGCUGAAACAGCAGGCGCAGUAUUAUGAGAACAUCAUGCACGCAAUGAGACCCCAGCCGGAAUAUUUCGCAGUGGGAUACUAUGGACAAGGUUUCCCAUCCUUCCUUAGGAACAAAAUGUUCAUUUACCGUGGUAAAGAGUAUGAGUGGCUGGAGGACUUCAGCUUGAAGCUCUUGAAGUCUCAGUUUCCCAAUGCAGUGAAGAUGACCAGCACAUCGCCCCCUGGUGACAACAUCUGUAACUCACCUGGUCAACAUAUUCAGUGUUUUACGGUGAAGCCUGUCUUAAACUUAUCUUCACAGUUCAAGGACAAGGAACUUCCUGAACAAAUCCUCAAUUAUUACAGGACGAACGAGGUGGAAAAGUUCCAAUAUUCAAGACCAUUCAGGAAAGGAGAAAAAGAUCCUGACAAUGAGUUUGCUACUAUGUGGAUCGAAAGGAGCACCUAUAUUACGGCGUACCGCUUCCCAGGAAUCCUCAAGUGGUUUGAAGUGAAAUCCAUGUCUGUGGAAGAGAUCAGCCCUUUGGACAACGCCAUAGAAACCAUGGAGCUGGCCAAUGAGAAGCUGAGUAAUCUGGUGCAGCAGCAGGCGUGUGACCGCUCUCUUCCUGUGCACCCCCUCUCCAUGAUGCUCAAUGGAAUCGUGGACCCGGCUGUCAUGGGUGGCUUUUCCAACUAUGAGAAGGCGUUUUUCACAGAGGCCUACAUGAAGAAGAACCCCGACCACCUGGAACGCAUUGAAGUCUUAAAACACCUGAUCGCAUUGCAGAUCCCGCUGCUUGAUGAAGGGAUCCGGAUCCAUGGAGAGAAAUCCACGGAGCAGCUCAAGCCCCUUCACAACAGACUUGUCACCUGCUUCCAGGACCUGCGUGCUAAAGUGGAGAAACUCUACGGUGUCAUUACUCUACCCUGCUCUCUGACAGAGAAGAAGAAGAGUCGCGUGGGGUCGGUGGUGAUGCCGUACAUCAUGUCCUCCACGCUCAGAAGGAUGUCCACCAUCUCAAACGCCUCCUCUGGACACUCCAGUGGCUCGGGCUCCUCUGACGGAAACUCCUCCAGACCUGCUUUCCAGGAUUCACUGCUCUCCCGCGUGAGCGACAGCAGGGUUUUGGUUCUGUCUCGCUCGGAGGAAGAUAAUCGGAUAAGUAAGAAGAACAGGAAAGAAUGGAGCAUGAGCAAGUCUCAGGUCUUACUGGAGCGACGCUCUGACACAGACGAGAUUCCUCCAGAGAAGCAGCAGAGGCCUAAAAGUCUGACAAUAGGAGACCGGAGACUCACGCUGUCACUGUUUCAUGGAGAAUCAUCCAAUUUGAGUUUACACAACCCUCUUAGCCCUCUGCCUGCCUCACCGCACACACCACGCAGCUCCAGUUACACGUGUCUCCCGAGUGAAAGUGACUUCAGCACACUGGACAUCACAAGCACCCCUCCACCAAUGCCGCCCAAAAAACACCCUCACGAGAGCGAGAGCAUCUAUAACUCCACCUCCGACUUUACGCCUCCUUUACCGACGAAAGUUGAAAACAAGCCUCCACCGCCGCCACCCAAAACACGCAAGUCCAUGUUUCCCACCUAUGAGAGCAAUCCGCAAUGAUGACUCUCCGGUUCCCCUGAAUCCAGAUGCAGACGUCUGUGGUACCAUGUCUCAAAUAAGAAGUGUGAAAAAUACCUCUGAACGGUACUUGUUCCUCUUUUAAAAAAUUCAGAGCGGAGAGAUUAUUUGUCAUGGUUAUCUGGGAAUUCUGAUUAAACUUGUUUAGAAUUCAUUUUUGGUAGCAAACAGCAAACAACAUCAUUUUAUCAUUUGGAAAUGGACCUCUUGUGUGUAUUUAUUCAGAACUGCUGGGCAGGAACGUGACCAAAGGUUGGUUGUUUGGUUUGUUGAAUGUUAAAAUCAGCCUCACAUCCACUGGAUUACAGUAGUUAAUCUCGACCUGUAUCUGUGCCUUAGAAAUAGAGAUAUUUAAAGCUAACGAAGUUCUGUGCACAUAUUCACUUUGCACAUUGCUCAUGAUUGUCAGGUUGCGCGUUCAUGCAAUUAAAACGUUUGUAGUUGAACCUCUUUCACCCACAGCACAGUUUGCAUUACUUUCCCCCUUAAGCAAGAAAAGACUCUUGAUGCGGUUGUGUUUUUUUUCCACUCUAGAGAGCUACAUUUGUAUAAAAAAAUCCCAAACAUUUAAAAAGCAUGUGAACUAAAUUUAAUUGUAGAGAGAUGCGGUAUAAAAAUGCAAGCUUUAUGAAAUGAUUUAAAAUGUCUAGUAUUAUUUUUGUCAUGAUUGCAAAACAGCAGAUCAGUUGUGCUUGAAUUCUAUAAUGCUCCAUAUUGUGUCGACACUUAAAGGAAUAGUUGACUCCAAAAUGAAAUUUGCUGAAAAUAUACUCUCAU